AUGCUGAUCUUCUACUUUGGGGCAGUUGUCCCUACAUAUGCUAUUUUCAUUCGAGUUGCUGCGUCUGCACAAGGGAAUGGGUCUAUGAACAUCAAGAGUGCCUGGAAAGGCUUUCCGUGGUCAGCUCGGGUGCAUUUCUUCAAGUUACUUGCAGAAGUCCUUGUCAUGGAGACAGUUGUCUCUACAAUCCUCUUUGUGCUUGUGCUCGGGCACUUCCAUCUUGAGCUGCAUGAUGAUGUUUUGAAGUUCUUUGUCAAAUAUUUCGGAUAG